GAGACCCGAGAGUGGAGUGUGGCCCGACCCGAGGGAUCUGCGAUUUAGGGUUUUGAAAUUCCGAACAAAACUAUAUAAUCGAAGGUCAGGUUAGCGUGCAUUAUUUCGGUAAUCGAUCGUUUAAUUAUUCCGUUUUAGGUAUACGUUUUUUCAGAUGUGCAGAUGAUAAAAUGGUGAGUUUGUUUUGGUAUAUGAUGAUAUUGAUGAUGAUGAUGAUGAUGAUGACUGUGUGUGAGAAAGAGGCAUGUGUAUUGUGUGCAGGAGUCUUCGUCUUCGUGUGUGAGAGGUUAUUUGAGAGAGAGGAAUUUGGUGAGAUCGCGAGAGCUAAAGAAGGAAUUGAGUGUUGUUUGUGUGAUUUUCUCACUGUAAACCCUAAUAUCUGGUUUCUGCCAUUAUGUCUGAGAAAAAGCUCGUGGUGUUGGGCAUCCCGUGGGAUGUUGAUACCGAUGGUUUGAAGGAUUACAUGAGCAAAUUCGGGGAAUUGGAGGACUGUAUCGUUAUGAAGGAGCGCUCAAGUGGCCGGUCUCGUGGUUUUGGAUAUGUAACCUUUGCAACAGUUGAAGAUGCUAAGGCUGCACUAUCGAGCGAGCACUUCCUUGGAAACAGAGUGCUGGAAGUAAAAAUAGCAACACCAAAGGAGGAGAUGAGAGCACCUUCAAAGAAGGUCACCAGGAUUUUUGUAGCUAGAAUUCCACCUUCAGUCACAGAAGCUGCAUUCAGGAGCCAUUUUGAAAAAUUUGGUGAGAUAACGGAUUUGUAUAUGCCCAAGGAUCCAAGUACCAAGGGGCAUCGUGGAAUUGGUUUUAUAACUUUUGCAAAUGCCGAUUCUGUGGAUGAUCUCAUGUCCGAGACCCAUGAACUAGGAGGGUCAAACGUGGUUGUCGAUCGAGCAACACCUAAGGAAGAUGAUUUCCGACCAGUUAGCCGAAUGCCUCAGGGGGGUGGUGGUGGUGGUGGAUAUGGCGCUUAUAAUGCGUAUGUUACAACUAGAUAUGCUGCACUUGGUGCUCCUACAUCAUAUGACUAUCCCGGCCCUGCUUAUGGAAGAGGAGAAUCAGCUCGGGGAAUGGGCAAGAAGAUUUUUGUUGGCAGGCUUCCUCAGGAAGCAAGUGUAGAAGACCUCCGCCAGUAUUUUGGAAGGUUUGGACGCAUAUUGGAUGUAUAUGUCCCCAAGGAUCCUAAAAGAUCUGGUCACAGGGGCUUCGGCUUUGUGACAUUUGCUGAGGAUGGUGUUGCAGAUCGUGUUUCACGAAGGCCACAUGAGAUUUGUGGGCAACAGGUUGCAAUAGAUUCCGCUACACCUGUUGAUGAUGGUGGUGGUUCGAGUGGAGGCCCCUUUAUGGACAAUCCUGAACCACCACCUUAUGGAGGUUAUGGCCCCAUGCGAGCCUAUGGCAGAAUGUAUGGAAGCCUCGAUUUUGAUGAUUGGGGCUAUGGCGGCAUGGGGCGGCUGGGUGGUAUGGGAGGCAUGGGGCGGAUGGGUGGAGGCAUGGGCGGGCUAGGUGGAAGCAUGGGCGGAGGGAGACCUUCACGAGAUAUGAGGUAUCGGCCGUAUUAGAAGAUGGAGGUGUCCAGACUUCACCAAUGUGUUGAAUUUGUGAGUUAAAAAAACUUAAUGUGAAAGUGGGGACUUGUGGACAAAAUAUUGUGGAUGGAAGGAGGUUGGUUUAAGGUUAUUAUGGUUGUAAACUGGAAUUUGGAUUCCUAUUUCAUUGGUGGUGCUCAUGGCUAAAACUGGCCUUUGUUUACCUGUUUUCUUGAAAGUAUACGGGGGCAAAAUUUACAAGUACUUG